AUGGCUUCUCCCCGUCCUCCUCACAACUUCGGUGCCCAAGGAUAUCCUCUCUCGAACGGCGCGCCGAACCCAAACCCGGUCCCCGGGGCCACGCCGCUUCUCCCCAACAAUGGCCGAGUGAUUCAGAACGGGCCAACUCGGAUUCUGUGCAUUGCAGAUGUUCGAGGCAACUUGAAGUCUCUGAACGAGCUGGCCAGGCAGGCUCGCGCAGACCACAUCAUCCACACCGGUGAUUUUGGUUUCUAUGAUGAUACCUCGCUGGAGCGCAUUGCAGACAAGACCCUCAAACAUGUGGCACAGUACUCCCCUCUGUUGCCCGAGAACGUGAAGCGGACGAUCGCACAGGUUCCUCCUCAGCAAUCGAUCAAGCAACGCUUUACCCCGGACCAGCUGCCCCUCUCUGAACUCUCUAUGCUGCUCGACAAGCGGAUUACUCUUGAUGUUCCAGUCUAUACAGUUUGGGGUGCAUGCGAAGACGUGCGUGUGCUGGAGAAGUUCCGCUCCGGCGAGUACAAGGUUGACAAGCUGCAUAUCAUCGACGAGGCCAACUCCCGGCUGCUGGAUAUUGGCGGUGUGAAGCUGCGUCUCCUGGGUCUGGGUGGUGCGGUGGUGAUGCACAAGCUUUUCGAUAAUGGCGAAGGAAAGACGACGAUUGCUGGUGGCCAGGGCACGAUGUGGACAACGCUUCUGCAGAUGGGAGAGCUGAUUGACACCGCCAAUCGCGUCUAUGAUCCGUCCGAGACCCGUGUGUUUGUGACCCACGCAUCGCCCGCUCGCGAGGGCAUGCUGAACCAGCUCUCUGUCACCCUCAAGGCGGACUUUUCCAUCUCCGCUGGUCUCCACUUCCGUUACGGCUCUUCCUACAACGAGUUUUCCGUCAACCCGUCCUUGGAUCACUACCGCGGCAAGUUGGCUGCCUCCAAGGCCUCGUUCAACGAUGUUUGGGAGACUGUUCGCGGCGAGGUCGAGUCGGCCAUCUCAUCUAACGAGGCGCAGAAGACUCUGUUAGACAAUGCGCUAGACGUGGUGCAGAAGAUGCCGUCGAUAGCCAACGGUGGGAACCCCUUCGGCGGCCCCGUCGCUGCUGGAAAUGCAGCUGGCCAAGUUGAUGAGAGUGCGUUCAAGAAUAUGUGGAACUUCAACCUUGCGGAUGCUGCUUUUGGAUACCUGGUCCUGGAGGUUGAGGGUGGCCGCAUUGCGACGGAGAUGCGUGCCCAAGGCUUCAACUUCGCUCACCGUAGCAGCAAGCCUCAGGCGGGCGGAGCUGCCCCCAUUGCUACCGGUCCUCCGGCUACCACUGCGUCUCCCGCUCCUACCAGCGCCGCUCGCCCUCCUGCGGUGAGUCAGUUCGGUCAACCUACGCGAGGCGGUGCCCCUGCCCCCGUCUCGGCCAAGGGCUCUCCGGCGCCGGUCAUCCCUAAGGUAGCCACCCCCCAGCCUCCCGCUACUUCUUCUGCCCAGCCCGGCGGCGAGGAAAAGGUUGCCGCCGAGACGAAUGGCGCUCCUCAGCCCGAGAAAGCUGGUGAUUCUCCCGCCCCUCGGGGUGAGAAGAAGCCCAGCAACGGGCUCUUUGUGUCCAACGUCGAGGGCGAGCAGGCCGUCCGGGAUCUGCUUCCCGAGGAGGACAAGGCCAAGGUUGUGAAGAUCGAGAAAUGGGGCAAGUUUAACAACUACGUUGUCACAUUUUCGACCGUUGAAGAGGCCAAGGCUGCUCUGGAUCGCCAGCCCGCCGAAUACAAGAAGCCUUCUCCCGCCGGUCAGCCUCGCAAGCCCAACUUCAAGUUCUUCGAGGAGCGAGGCCGUGCCCAAGGUAACGCCGGCACAUGGGGGUCCAGCACUCGCGGUGGAGCUACUGGUGGCCAGCGCGGCUACCAGAGCGCCAGUGACAGCGAAGGCGCUCGCCGUGGCGGAUUCAGUGGUCGGGGUCGCGGCCGGGGUGACCGUGGUCGUGGCGGACGAGGCCGUGGUGGCUUCAACAAGGGAGGUUCCGGAUCGGCUGACUCGCCUGCUCCAUCGACUCCUUCCGGUGACAAGCCUGCUCCCUCCGGCGGUGAUGCGUAG